AUGAAUGCCAUCGAGGUUACAGCUGCGCUGGGGAGCCUUACGCGUGAUCUUGAUGAUACUGUGCGUCUCACUGCUGUACAAUGCAUAAUUGAAACGGCAAGGAAGAAGCUUGAAGCCGUCAGUGAAUCACUCAUAAUGGCUUGUUGUGAUAGAAUGAAAGACAAAAAGCCGAAAAUACGUCAGGAAGCACUUACAAAGUUAUUACAUAUGUAUUUCAAAGUGAUAACGGGUGAUGAAUAUACCGCUUCUGAAAUAGCAGCUGUUACUGUGAUUCCGAAGAAGGCUCUUGCAUUAUACAUGCUUGCGAGUAUGACAGAAGAGAAAGUCUUCGCUGAAAUUGUUUCUCGAUCGUCGAGCCAUCGGCGGAUUUUGCGGGAAAUGCUCCAAAUCAUAUCUAGACAAGCAGCUGCUGAAUUGCAGGCAAAAAUCCAACGGAUCUGUAGUACACAUCAUGAUCCCGCAGGAUUCUCGAUCGCACUGAAACAUUUUGCAAACUUGCUAUCAACUGACCAGAGAUGUUUCGAGUGUGCUGAAUAUCUUGUUGCUAAUGAGUACACAACUUCAAAAAUUGAAGAGACAUGCAAAGAACUUGUGCAACGAGCAGCGGAGACAACAUCGAUACCAAAAGAUUGCCAAACAAAUAUUCGGCGGUAUUGUGAAAGGGUUUCACCUAUAAUAAUGGAUUUGGAUGGUGCGGUUGAGUUGCUGAACGUAGUGAUACGUAUCAGAAACGAUGCUGAUUGUGGAAAUAUUGAAGCUACCUCGAAGAUACCGCAUGUUCUGCGGCUACUCAAGAUCUGGAGCGAGGCCUUUCCCCAUCUGUUCUCCAGAGAUGAUGCCAUCGAUAAUGUAUUAAAACUUGUUGUUUCAGAUGAUCCGAAGACAGCGGAAACAGGUUUACAAGUACUCCUUCACGUGGUUCUUCAGUCCAGUUUGAAGGCGAAGGAGCAAAGCUGGUGUGAAAAAGCUGUUUCGGUUGUUUGGAACGUCAUCUCCAGUGAGAGCGAAGGGUUUGGUCGUUGCUGCAAACUGGCAGCGCGUGUGAUUUGUCGCUUGCUCGGCAAAGAAGAAUCUACGAAGCGAUUCGAUGAGCUGUACCCUGUAAAUCUUUACGAUUGUUUCACUAAACACCGAUUAUAUGUUUGUGUUUCUGUUGACACACAUUUCAGUGUUUUUUCGCUGUAA